GGCAAGAACGUGAGCUGGGCAACAGUCUGCAAACGGCUGCCGACCACCGAGGUCACAAGGACUGGAAAAUUCAGCGCGCACCAAGAUGAUGAAAGCAGCAGCCACCAAUGGCCACCACCAGGAAUCCAAGCCGGUCAAAUUGGCCACAGUCAUGGACAUACCUGUGUUGAUGACUGGAGGCAAUUACAUUAGGGAGGGUCGAGACUCGUCGAAAAGCACUUGCUUAGUGCUUUCUCCGCUAAACACACAAGAGGUUGGCGCGCUCGCCAAAAUUCUCAAACUUUUCGAGGAAAAUGAGGUGAACCUGCUGCACAUCGAGUCACGCCCGUCCAAGCGGCAGCACGGCCACUACGAAUUCAUGUUCGAGUGCGACCCGACCACCGGCAACCUGGACGUCGCGACCAACAAGUUGCGCGAGUCGUGCGAGUAUCUGCAAGUGAUCUUGCGCAACCACAACGACAACAAGAAACUUGGAGAAUCUGUGCCGUGGUUCCCCAGGCGCAUCCGCGAUCUCGACCGCUUCGCCAACCAGAUCUUGUCCUACGGCGCCGAGCUUGAUGCCGACCACCCUGGCUUCACCGACCCUGAAUACCGCAAGAGGAGGAAGUACUUUGCCGACAUCGCGUACAACUACAGACAUGGCGAGCCGCUGCCCCACGUUGAUUACACCAAGGAGGAGAUUGAGACCUGGGGAGUGGUGUUCAAAGAACUGAGCCGCCUGUACCCGACCCACGCAUGCAAAGAGCAUAACCACGUCUUUCCACUUCUCAUCCAAAACUGUGCAUACCGUGAGGACAACAUCCCGCAACUGCAAGAUGUCUCUAAUUUCUUAAAAGACUGCACCGGCUUCACCUUGCGUCCAGUGGCUGGCCUCUUGUCUUCGAGAGACUUUUUGGCUGGGCUGGCCUUCAGAGUGUUCCACUCGACCCAGUACAUCCGCCACCCCAGCCGCCCGCUGUACACCCCCGAGCCGGACGUGUGCCACGAGCUGCUCGGCCAUGCACCCCUCUUCGCUGACCCAGCAUUCGCCCAGUUUAGCCAGGAAAUCGGUCUCGCCUCCCUAGGCGCGCCCGACGACUACAUCGAAAAACUUGCCACGCUAUUUUGGUUCACUGUCGAGUACGGCAUGUGCAACCAGGAUGGCGAGUUGAAGGCCUAUGGCGCCGGCCUUUUGUCCAGCUAUGGCGAGCUGCAGUACUGUCUAGAGGGCAAAGCUGAAUUGAGACCAUUCGAGCCAGAGAAAACAUGUCUGCAGAAGUACCCCAUCACCAGUUAUCAGCCCAUUUAUUAUGUGGCCAACAGCUUCGAAGAGGCCAAGGCUCAGAUGAUCAAAUACGCCCAAACCGUUCCCCGGCCGUUCGGAGUGCGAUACAACCCGUACACUCAGAGCGUAGAAAUCCUUGACUCUAAGGAGCAAAUCGAAGACUUGAUGACCUGCUCCAACCAGGAUAUGCAGGUGCUGAUUGACGCACUGAAAAAACUGGCCACUGAGUCUAACUGACGCGUGGCGAAAUGCUCAAACAAUUUUCAAUCUACUUUACUAUCUGUUAGAUAAAUAGUUAUGCUUGCAUGCUUUAAUCAAAAUAAAAAGUGCAGGUUUUUUACUUUA